AUGCCAGACAUCAUAAGAGACUUCGCAUCAACCGAUGCCUACCUCUCUGCCUUCGUCCUGAGUAUCUACGUCCUAGGCUAUGCGUUCGGUCCCCUUCUCAUAAGUCCCCUUUCGGAGCAAUACGGCCGACUGCCUUUGUACCACGGAUGUAACGUGCUCUUCACGGUAAGCACCUUCGCAUGCGGACGAUCCAACUCUCUCGGCACCUUGGCUGUUUUCCGCUUCCUCGCCGGCGUGGGCGGUAGUAGCGUAUUCGCCCUCGCGCCAUCCAGCAUCGGUGAUCUCUGGGUGAAAGAGAAACGCGGCGGGGUCAUGGCCUUGAUAGGAUUGGCGUAUAAUCUCGGUCCAGCGAUUAGUCCUACAGCGGGUAGCUACCUUAACGCUGCGAGAGGGUGGCGGUGGAUAUUCUAUCUUACUACUAUUUUGGGCGGGGUGAGUACGGCGCUCAGCAUGGUAUGUUUGUCGGAGACGUAUGAACCGGUUCUACUCCGUCGAAAAGCUGCACAGUUGCGGAAACACACGGGAAAUAAGGAUUUAAGGGCCAAGUCUGAUUUGGACGCUGGGAAGAGCAAGUUGGUAGCUUUUCGCACGGCGAUGGUCAUGCCGCUACGCAUGCUUUUCCUGUCUCGACCGAUCUUCUUUACCUCGCUGCUCACGGCUAUCGGAUACGGAUCCCUGUAUAUCUUGUAUACGACCAUCCCGACAACAUUCGUCGAGACUUACGGAUGGGCGCCCAAAAAUCUGGGCCUUGCGUAUCUCGGUACGGCUGUCGGUAACCUCAUUGGUAUGCUUGGAGGCGGUGCAAUUAGCGACGGCCUCGUCAAGCGGAAGGCACUCAAAGGCGACGCGAGAUCGGAGAACAGGUUGCUACCCAUGAUUUUCUGGUGGCCGCUUGUGAGUAUCGGGUUGUUCAUCUAUGCUUGGACGGCUCAGUAUGGUGUGCACUGGAUUGCGCCAUUGAUCGGAACGGCGGUGUUUGGUGCUGGGUCUAUGAGCACUAUUGUAAGUUCAUCCUCCUCAACUCAUGUAUCGUCUUGA